CUCUUGACCGAAAUCAUAACGAAAUUUUCAACGUCGGCACUGCAAACAAACUCGAUCACUUGAAACUAACUCAGUCGAAGAUUCAGUUUUCAGAUUCCCAUUUCAUUUCCGCGCCAAAGAACAAAACCCUAAAAAAUGGAGUCCCACGGCGGAGGACCCCUCCGUUCCCGCAGCUCCCAGUCCCCUUCUCCCUCCCACUCCGCCUCCGCCUCCGCCACCUCCUCCAUCCACAAGCGCAAGCUCGCGUCUGAGGACCACGCGCCUCCCUUCCCUCCGUCCUCCUUCUCCGCCGACACCCGCGACGGCGCCCUCACCUCCAACGACGACCUCGAGAGCAUCUCCGCCCGCGGCGCCGACUCCGACUCCGACGAUGACUCCGAGGACGCCGUCGUCGACGACGACGAGGACGACUACGGCAACGACAACGACUCCUCCAUUCGGACCUUCACCGCCUCCAGGCUCAGCAACCCUCCCUCCGCUCCCCGCAACACCAAGCUCAAGACCGAAAUCUCCACCGUCAAAAUUGAGAAUUCUGACGGCGCCAAAGACGCCGUAGUCGGAGCUUGUGCCGCCGCUUCCGCGGGAUCGGUCCCCGGGAUUGUGGUUAAGGAGGACCCGACUAAGAUUUUUACUGAUAAUUUGCAAACGAGUGGGGCUUACACUGCCAGGGAAGAGAGUCUCAAGAAAGAGGAGGAAGCAGGAAGGCUCAAAUUUGUAUGCCUAUCAAACGAUGGUGUUGAUGAGCAUAUGGUUUGGUUGAUUGGAUUGAAGAAUAUAUUUGCUAGGCAGCUUCCCAAUAUGCCCAAGGAGUACAUUGUCCGACUUGUUAUGGAUAGGAGCCAUAAGUCUGUAAUGGUUAUAAGGCGUAAUCAUGUUGUUGGAGGCAUUACAUAUCGCCCAUAUGCUAGUCAGAAGUUUGGUGAGAUAGCCUUUUGUGCAAUUACAGCUGAUGAGCAAGUAAAGGGUUAUGGUACCAGAUUGAUGAAUCACUUAAAACAAUAUGCACGGGAUAUGGAUGGGCUGACACAUUUUCUCACAUACGCUGACAAUAAUGCUGUUGGCUAUUUUAUCAAGCAGGGAUUUACAAAAGAGAUUCACUUGGAGAAAGAUCGAUGGCAAGGUUAUAUAAAGGAUUAUGAUGGAGGAAUUCUCAUGGAAUGCAAGAUUGAUCCAAAACUCCCGUACACUGAUUUGUCAACUAUGAUCCGUCGUCAAAGGCAGGCAAUUGAUGAAAAAAUCAGAGAGCUAUCAAACUGUCACAUCGUUUAUGCUGGAAUUGAUUUUCAGAAGAAAGAAGCUGGUAUUCCUAAAAAAAUUAUUGAUGACAUCCCUGGUUUGAGAGAGGCUGGAUGGACUCCUGAUCAGUGGGGUCAUUCACGAUUCAGAACUUUAAAUGUUUCUACUGACAAUGCUACUAAUCAGAAACAUUUGAAUGGGUUUAUGCGUUCACUUCUAAAGUCAAUGUUCGAUCAUGCUGAUGCUUGGCCAUUCAAGGAGCCAGUUGAUGCUCGGGAUGUCCCUGAUUAUUAUGACAUCAUCAAAGAUCCAAUGGAUUUGAAGACAAUGUCUAAGAGGGUGGAUUCAGAGCAAUAUUAUGUAACAUUUGAGAUGUUUGUUGCGGAUGCCAGAAGAAUGUUUGCGAAUGCACGCACCUAUAAUUCUCCAGAAACCAUUUAUUACAAAUGUUCUACAAGGUUAGAAGCCCACUUUCAAAGCAAAGUGCAAGCGGGCCUCCAGCCUGGUACCAAAAUUCAGUAGGGGCACUUCAAUAGACACGAAGAUGUUAUUUAUGUAUAGUUAAUUUUUUCCAUAGUCCCAAACUAAUUUAAUAUUAUUUCAUAGUAGUUGUUACUUUAGCCAAUGCUGCCAUCCGGCGUUAUACCUGUUAGUCUUGUGUGCUAGGCAAACAGUCAGUUGAUCCAUAUCAUUAAUUCUAUCGUGGGAUAAAACUAGGUGAUAGGCUGGUUGUUAACAUAGUCACUCUAAUUGUAUGUUCUCAUCCUUCUUCAUUGGAAUUUGUUUUUAAAUUGGAAGGUAAAUUCUUCUCCCUGAUUCCGAAUGAUCUUUUGUAAUUAUUGGUACCACCUUCUUCCCACAUCUUUUGAUGUUUUUGCUUUGUA